UGUCUCUGUACUAGCCAAAGCGAGUGUGCUUUGCGGCCAAGCUAGCCGAUUGGGAAAUGGCGGCACCCUUGACCGAAAUUUGCCAUUAGGUCCUUAGACAUGGACGGAAAAGAACCAUUGGAGCCAGCAGCCCUGCUGCCAAGGAUUGUCUCCGUAACCACUGCUGCAAGCGGCACUGAAACUUCGGGAAGCAUAGCCAUCAUGGAUAGCGAAAAAGGAAUCUGCGAAGGCACUACAGAAGCUACACUGAAAAAUCCCGGAACGAGUGCCGACUGCUGCUACGAGUGUGGUGUGUGCAGGCAGCGCUUUUCGACCAAGAAGUCUGUAACAAAUCAUCUGGUCGUGCACAAGGGUGACAAGCCGUACGCCUGUGACGUCUGUGGGCUGAAGUUUUUUCAGAAGUUCCCUCUCCUUAAGCACCGGCGCAUCCACACGGGUGCGAUGCCGUAUGCGUGCAAGCUGUGCCCGUCCAAAUUCUGCAGAAAGGAGUCUUUGGACAGACACCAGCAACUACACGUGAGGGGAGCGGACAUGUGCCACUGCCUCGAGUGUGGCAAAUCCUUCACGCGGACGAAGACGCUGCAGAGGCACUUGAGGUGGCACAAGGUGGAGAAGCCGUACCCGUGCCACCUGUGCCCGGCCAGAUUCACAAAGAAACCUAAUCUGGACAGUCACGUGCUAAUACACAUGGGUGAAAAGCCACACAAGUGUCCUGUGUGCGACAAAGGCUAUGCCUGGCGUCAAAGCCUCGGAUUGCACAUGCGCCGGUUGCACAAUGGAGUUGAGACCACCACAGUGGCAAGUGCAGACAGCGGGGUGGACAUGACGACGCCAGGUGGCUCUCCGACGACGCUGCCUCCUGGCCAUUUAGGCGUCGAAAAAAAAGAACCAUCUGAGCACGCAGCCCUGCAGCCAAGGAUCAUCGUGGUAACCCCACGGAAACGCAGAACUGAAACUUCAAACAACACAGCUCCAGGAAUAUCUCAUGUCGGAUCCCCAGUGAAGGAACCUGGCAGGAGUCACGAGUGUAGCACAUGCGGGCGGGACUUUACGAGCAGGCAAUCUCUGAAGCAUCACCUGGUCUUGCACACCGGCGAGAAGAAGUACACCUGUCCCAUUUGUGGCCUGAAGUUUGCGCUGAAGAUCGGUGUCACCAGGCACCUGCGUGUCCACACGAGUGAGAUGCAGUAUGCGUGCCCAUUGUGCCCGUCCAAAUUCUGCAGGAGGACAUCGCUGGAGAGGCACAAGCAGCUGCACGCAACUGGAGUGAACCUGUGCCACUGCCCCGAGUGCGGCAAGGCCUUCAGGCAGACGAAGGCCCUGCAGCAGCACCUGAACUGGCACAAGGUUGUUAAUCGGCAAAAUGUUGAGACGCCAUACAAGUGCCACCUGUGCCCGGCCGCCUUUGUAGGGAACUGUGCUCUGGCCAGGCAUGCCCUGGUGCACACAAGUGAAAGGCCGCAUAUCUGUCCCGUGUGCCAGAAACACUUUGCCUCGAAGAGUGACCUCACAGUGCACAUACUCCAGAUACACGGUGAAGUUGAGACCGCCGUGGCAAAUGCCGACAGCAGGAGGGAGAUUGCGAUGCCAAGUAGUCCUCCGACCACGACGCCUCCUGCAAUGAGUACUGACAUCAAGGCAGAACCAAGUAGCCUUAAGACCAUGCCUCCUAUUGUGACAAGUAUUGACAUCAAGUCAGAACCAAGAAGCCCUAUGACCAUGUUGCCUCCUAUCGUGACAUGCGUUGACAUCAAAGCAGAACCGAGUAGCCCUACGAGCUCACUGCCUCCUGAUAACACUGACAUGAAUGAAGAAAAUGAAGAAGCAUCAUCUGAGCCAGCCACCCUGCAGCAGUGCGCUAUCUCCGUAACCCCAGAGAUAAGCAGCGCUAAGAUUUCGAGAGACGUAAUCAUCACAGAUGGCAACACAGGAAUCCCUGGUGGUACCAUCGUGGCUUCAGUGACGCAAGGCAGCUGGAGCACCGGCAUCAACGAAUCCCUUGAGUGCAAUGUAUGCGGCCAUCGUUUCGAGCUUGUGGGUGACAAGGUCCAUGCGUGCCCUGUUUGCAAGCAGACAUUUGCCCAGGAACACUCAUUCACCACCCAACAGCUCACGCACUCUGUCGAGAAACUGUUCCCCUGUUCUACGUGUGGGCAGCUGUUCAUGCAGAGUCACCUUUCUAUGCACGAGCACUCCCACCAACACAAGAAGUCUUUCCAGUGCUGCCACUGCUCAGCUAUAUUAGCGAGCAAGAAGUCACUCAGGAUUCACAUACGAACGCACACUGGCGAAAGACCGUACAAGUGUGACAUUUGUAGCAAGCAGUUCAAAGAAAGCAGGGCACUAGUUAAACACCACCGCACUCACGUGGAUGAGAAGAAGUACAGAUGUGAGGAGUGCCCAUCCAUGUUUCACCACAAGAAGUCACUGGACAACCACAAGGAGCUGCACGCAAGUGGAGUAGACCUCUACCACUGCCACGAGUGUGGCAAGACAUUUAUUCGAGAGAGGAACCUGAAGCUGCAUUUACGGUGGCACACAACUGAGAAGCCCUAUGCGUGCCACCUGUGUCCGGCUAAGUUCACAUUGAAGUCCCAUGUGGAGAAUCACAUGCUUAUACACACAGGCGAAAAACCAUACAAGUGCCCUGUGUGUGAAAAGCCGUUCGCCCGGUCCGACGCAUGUGCAAAGCACAUGUGUCGUAUGCACAAUGAGGCAAAGCUUGAUGUGACAGGCAUUAACUACAGAGCGGCACUUUCACCUCCAAACAGCAAUUCCAGCACACCAUGUAUUGAAAGAGCUGACAGAGGCUUCACGAUGAUGGACAAUUUGAUUACAAGCGAUGUAAGCAGCAAUUCCGGCACACCACAUGUUCACAGAACUGACGGUGACUUCGCAAUGAUGGAUGAUUUGAUUACGGGCAACGUAAGCAGCAAUUCCAGCUCACCACUUGUUGAAAGAACUGAUGGGGACUUAACGAUGAUGGACAGUUUGAUUACAGGCAAUGUAAGCAGCGAUUUCAGCACACCACUUGUUGACAGAACUGACACAGACAUCAUGAUGGCAGAUGAUUCAAUUACGGAUGAUGGCCUCGGCACCCGUGGUGGCGCUGCUGGUCGCAGUUCGAUUCCCAUCUGGAAAGUGCGCGGUUGUGUACCCCUCCACAGAUACGAUUUCUGCGCGCUAUGCCGUGUUUUCCCGUUUUCUUCGUGUGGCCUUGUAUCCAUUCUAGCGAGACCAAUUAAUCGGCAUGCAGCAUUGCAUACCGAGCUUUCGACGUUAGAAAUGGCGAAGAGAGCCGCACAGACUCACUGCUUCGUCCCCGGCUGUACGUCUGGAUAUGUGUCAUCGAAGAAUUGCGGCCGACGCGUGUCUUUGUUUUCCGUGCCGAAGGAGCCAGAACGCUUUAAAGCCUGGCAGUGUGCAGUUCCAUGUGCCGGUCAAGUUCUCAACGCAAGGUCAAGACUCUGCGAGCUGCAUUUUGAUGAACAAUUCAUUGUGCGAUACUUUACACAUAUGAUCAACGGUGAAACUGUGUUGAUUCCUCGUGACCGGCCUGUGCUAACGAGCGAUGCAGUUCCGACAGUUUUCCCCGACCUCCUUCAGUAUUUAUCCAAGAAGGCACAUUGGAAAAGGAAGUCUAGAACGUCAAUUCGUGGCUCGCCUGUGAAGUCUCUGAAGUGGGAGGAAAGUGAUGCCCCAUCCACUGAAGAGGUUGACGAUACCUUAGAAGAAAGAAGCAUGUCGCCAGGAGCUUCCGAUUCGGACUCCUCCGUGCAACCUGAUGGCCCUCUAGGCAUGGAUAGCGAAGAUGCAUGCAAGCCAGCAGCCCUGCAUCCAAAGACAAUCUCUGUAACCCCGCAAAGGUGCAGCACUGGAUCUUCAAGAGAUGCAGCCAUCUUAAGUAGUGACACAGGAUUCUCCAGUGGCACUUCAGGAGCGCUAGUGAAAAAGUCUGGCAGGAAUAUCAUCAGGCGUCACGAGUGUACUGUGUGUAAGCAGCGCUAUACAAGAAAGCGCUAUUUGAAAGAACACCGGGUCUUGCACACGGGCGAGAAGCCGUACACCUGCCCCACCUGUGGCCGGAAGUUUGCCCUACGAACCGGUUUCCUCAACCACAGGCGCAUCCACACAAAUAAGGGCCCUCUAAACAUGGACGGUAAAGAUGCAUGUGAGCCAACAGUUCUGCGUCCAAGGAUCACCUCUGUAACCUCACAACGGUGCAGCACUGAAACUUCGAAAGACGUGGGCAUCAUGGAUAGCAACACAGGAAUCUCUGGUGGCACUUCAGGAGCUCCAGUGAAGAAACCUCGCAGGAAUCCUGGCAGGUGUCACGAGUGUAAUGUGUGUGGGCAGCGCUUUACAAGGAAUCAGUAUUUGAAAGAUCACCAAGUCUUGCACACGGGCGAGAAGCCGUACGCCUGCUCCAUCUGUGGCCGAAAGUUCGCCCAGCGGAACGGUCUCCUUAACCACCAGCGUAUCCACACGGCUGAGAUGCGGUAUUCGUGCGAGCUGUGCCCGUCCAAAUUCUGCAAGAAGGCGUCCUUCGACAGGCACAAGCAGCUACAUGCGAGUGGUGUGCAGUUGUACCACUGCCACGAGUGCAGCAAGGUGUUCGAGUCCAGGACGAAACUGUCGCAGCAUGAGAGGUGGCAUAAGAGCGAGAAACCAUACCCGUGCCAGCUGUGCCCAGCCGCCUUUGUAUAUAGCAAAGAUCUAGACAGGCAUGCACUGGUGCACACAGGUGAAAGGCCGUAUGGGUGUACUGUGUGCCAAAAACGGUUUUCCUGGAAGAAUAACCUUGCCUUGCACAUGCGCCGGAUGCACAGCGGAGUCAAGGCCAGUGUAGCAGGUGUUAGUGCCAAAACAUUGCCGGGUAGACCACCGACUACGCUACCUCCUACAAACAUGGGCCACGUCUUAGAGCCAGAAUGCGUUCUGCAGUGCUAUGAGGAUGAGCACUACGGCAAUGGUGCUGCCAAGAUCGAAGAGGACAAUGAAAGGGUCAUGAUAAGUGUUGACAUCAAAGAAGAACCGAGUAGCCCUACGACUACACCACCUCCUGUAAGUGAAAUGCUGUUUGGAAUCAAAGAAGAACCGAGUAGCCCUACGACUGCACCACCUCCUACGGCAAUCCUGCUGCCAAGGAUCGUCUUUGUAACCUCGUUGGCAGACAGCACCGAAACUUCAGGAGACGCAGCCAUUGAGGACAAUGACACAGGAAUCCCUGACAGUACCAUCACAACCUCAGUGAAGCAGUGUGCCGAGGCCGGGAACACGGCUGAGAAGCUACACCCGUGCCCCGUGUGUGACCGGAGGUUUGCCCUCAAGUCCCAGGUGGCAAAACACCAGGCAGUGCACUCCGGCGAGAAGAGGCACACGUGCGCCACUUGCGGGGAGCGGUUCGCGUGGCGGCAGAGUCUCGUCCAACAUGAGCGUACCCACAUGGGAGAGCAGCCGUUCCAGUGCAGCUACUGCUCGGUGACGUUUGCGUGCAGUGAUAGGCUUAAAAAUCACAUUCUGACGCACACCAGUGAGAGAACGCACGAGUGUGAUGUGUGCGGGAAGCGGUUCAAACUCAAGAGGACGCUCGCCGGCCAUCGCCGCAUCCACACAAGUGGGAUGGACUACACUUGCGAGCAGUGCCAAGCCACAUUUGCGCGGAGUGAUACGCUUAGAGACCACAUCUUGACGCACACCGGCGAGAGAGCGCACGAGUGUGAUGUGUGCGGGAAGCGGUUCAAACUCAAGAACACGCUCGCUGGCCAUCGUCGCACUCACUCAACUGAGAUGCCCUACACUUGUGAGCAGUGCCCGGCCGCAUUCCGCCGCAAUGCGACUCUGAAAAAACAUGUGCGGCUUCAUGAAUGUGGAGCGGAGGCAUACCACUGCCCCAUCUGCACGAGGGCAUUUUCUCACGCCCCCAAACUUAAAUUGCACAUGCGUCUUAUGCACAAUGGGGGGAGGGUUGGGGUAACGGGCAAUGAUUGCAAGGCGACGCUUUCACUACCAAGUGGCCAUUCCAACACGUCGCCAACGGUCAACAUAAAAACUGAAGACUGUGGAGAUAUCUCAGAUUUUGACGAAUUGAUUACGGGCGAUGUGUACUAGUGAUUAGUUGAUGUUGUUAGUGUCCAUUCCAGCACUCGGCUCAGCCUCCUGCCAAUGUAAAAGCCGAUGGCUGGGGAGAUCUCUUGAACAUGGACGAUUUGAUUAUGGA